AGAGGUGAGUAGACGAUCUUCGUCUGGUCCUGGCAGUCAAUCAUCAAACAGAAGAAAGACGUCGACGCUGCUGGAAUAAAAGUGUGGAAUUCCAACAUUCCUCCUCGUCGUGUGCAGGGAUUUGACACUUUAUUGGCUUUAUCAUCACACCGAGAGGGCGUCCGAAGCCGCGCCACGUCCGCCGGUCCCAUCGAUGAAAGAGGCGGGAAGGUCGGUGUAAUGUGACGACUUUUCUCCCAUGGAGCCUUGCAGCAACAUGUUCGCUCUUAACACAUGGACACACUGCUCAGUGUUGCAGGUCCAAAGAGCCACUGAGCCCCAACACGUUGUCACAUUGUGAUAGCCGCCCUCCUCUGGUCUCUGGUUCCCACUCUCAACCCUCUGAGACCUCUGGACCACAAGGUUCUACCAGACCCUCCCACCUCUCCUGGGGCCCGGUCCCGGUCCACCUGAGCGUCCGUCCAGUGAUUUCUGCCGCAGGAUGGGAGGUCUCCUCCUGCGUCUGGCCGUCAUGGCCGCCACGCUGCUAAUGGUCCUCAGAGCAGAAGCCGCAGGCCAGAACCCCGACCACGUCCUCCAGGGCACGGGCGUGAAACCCGAGAUCCGCCGGCCCGGCGAGGACUCCACCAUCGCGCCCGAGGACGCCGCCCGCUUCCUCAGCUGCUACUGCUCCGGACACUGUCCCGAAGACGCCACCAACAACACGUGCCAAACCAACGGUCAGUGCUUCGCCAUCAUCGAGGAGGACGAGCACGGCGAGGCCAUCCUCACCUCAGGAUGCAUGAAGUAUGAAGGCUCUCACUUCCAGUGCAAGGACUCUCCCAAAGCUCAGACGAGGAGGACCAUCGAGUGUUGCAACACGGACUUCUGCAAUCGAGACCUGCAGCCCACCCUGCCCCCCCAGGCGCCUUCCGAAGGCAGCCCCCACUGGUUGGCCUUCCUCAUCUCCAUGACGGUGUGCUGCUGCACGCUCAUCUGCGUCACGGUGGUCUGCUACUACAGGUACAAGUGGCAGAGCGAGCGCCAGCGCUACCACAAGGAUGUGGAGCAGGAAGUGUUCAUCCCUGCCGGGGAGUCUCUCAAAGACCUCAUCCACCAGUCCCAGAGCUCUGGCAGCGGCUCCGGGCUCCCUCUGCUGGUCCAGCGGACCAUCGCCAAGCAGAUCCAGAUGGUGCGUCAGAUCGGGAAAGGUCGCUACGGCGAGGUGUGGCUGGGUCGCUGGCGAGGCGAGAAGGUGGCCGUCAAAGUCUUCUUCACCCGCGAGGAGGCGAGCUGGUUCCGAGAGACGGAAAUCUACCAGACGGUGCUGAUGAGACACGACAACAUCCUCGGCUUCAUCGCGGCCGACAUCAAGGGCACGGGCGCCUUCACGCAGCUCUUCCUCAUCACCGACUACCACGAGAACGGCUCGCUGUAUGACUACCUGCGUACCGCCACGCUGGACACGCCUACGCUGCUGAGGCUGGCCUACUCGGCCGCCUGUGGCCUGUGUCACCUGCACACCGAGAUCUAUGGCACGCAGGGCAAGCCCGCCAUCGCCCACCGCGACCUCAAGAGCAAGAACAUCCUCAUCAAGAAGAACGGCGCCUGCUGCAUCGCCGACCUCGGCCUCGCCGUCAAGUUCAACAGCGACACCAACGAGGUGGACGUCCCUCUGAGCACCCGCAUGGGGACCCGCCGCUACAUGGCGCCCGAAGUUCUGGACGAGAGCCUGAAGAAGAACCAGUUCCAGUCCUACAUCAUGGCCGACAUGUACAGCUACGCACUCGUCGUCUGGGAGAUGGCACGACGCUGCGUCACUGGAGGGAUGGUGGAGGACUACCAGCUGCCGUAUUACGACAUGGUUCCGUCUGAGCCGUCGUACGAGGACAUGUUGGAGGUGGUGUGCGUGAAGGGGCUGCGCCCCACCGUGUCCAACCGCUGGAACAGCGACGAGUGUCUGCGCGCCAUGUUGAAGCUGAUGUCGGAGUGCUGGGCGACAAGCCCCGCCUCCCGCCUCACCAUCCUCCGAGUGAAGAAGACGCUGGCCAAGAUGGUGGAGUCUCAGGACAUCAAGAUCUGACCGUCAUCCUCCUCGGCGACGCCUGGCACACGCCCACCUCGCCACCUUUUCAAUCAGGACGAGGACGGACGUCUUCCUGCGGUGACGCUUUCUGUGAAAGCCCGGCGGACGACUUCCUGUCCACGUGGGGGGGUGGGGACAUGUGGGGGGAGGCAGGGCUCCGCAUGAAAGACAAUGGUGACACUUUGAAGGUGCCCCCCCCCUCACCCCCCCAGUUUGAGUUUGGAUUCGGUCUUUGGCGUCGCCGUGGAGACGUCCACCGUCCUCUUUCUUGGUUUUUGUCCCCGCAGCGUUGGAAAAACCGCUCUCAUUGGCGGAGACAAACCUCAAGUGGGCGGAGCUGACUGGAAUGCCUCCCCGUUGUUUGAACUUUAUUUAUAACAAACACUUCACAAAAAAAAAACGUUCAUGUCACACAUUUUGAGUUCGUCCAUCGAGUAAGAGAAGUCGGAGCCGAAAAAACCAAAGUGAAGCGAACCCGCCAACGUGUCUUUUUCCAUCUUUCUUCAGCUUUUCUUCCGUUGACUUUGGCUCCUCCCACUGAGCUUCAUACGUCCAAUUAGACUUUGUAAAUGUGUUUUUAUUAUUAUUAUUAUAAUUAUUAUGAAUAGGAAAGUCAUGAAAUUGUCAUCAAGGGUUGUUAAGUGAGAUAUGAAAAUGAGAUUUAACUUAAGGGAAGACAAAGCGUUUUGGAUCAUUUACAUUGUAAACGGGUUUUCAUUUGUUUGAGUAGUGAGCUAAGUAUGCUAAUCUACGCUGACAACAGCCGUAAAAUGUUCUGAUGUCUGAGUGACUUUUUUUUUUUUUUUUUAAAGCAGUAACUUUGCUGUUUUCCUCUUCGAAAUACGCAAAAAGCCCCCCCCCCCCCCCCCCAACUAUAGGAAGAUAUGUAAAAAAAUGAUGUUUGUUGUUUUCUACUUCAUCUGGUUGUGUGCCUUAUGAGUUUACCAAGAAAAAAAACGUGUAUACACUCUGUCCAAUGUAACAAUUCUAAGUAAAUAAUCUUAUU